AUGCUUGUCCACAGAAAACAGCUGGGCCCCAAGCUCGAUAAGCCGAAUAGGUUCAACCUAGGUGGCCUCAUCAAGCGCAAGAUGCUGUGGCGCCGCUCUAUCGACGACUCCAUGUCCAGCCAGGACCACUACCAGGUCGACUGCCACGAACUGCCCUCACAAACCGCUCACUACCUGCUUACUGCCUCUGAUGGCCACUAUACCCAUGUGUCUCCAGCCCAGGAUUCCUACUGUGCUGCCGCCGAAUGCAUUCUGCUUCAAAACAGCGAAAUGACUUGCCACACAGACGAGGUUGACCCUCUCUGCUGCAGCGAGGAGGUUGAACAGCACGAGGAAACGCCGUUUGACCCGAAAAACGAAGAAAACAUCUCCGAGUACCAUGUGGGCGGCUACUGCCCGGUCAAAAUCGGCGACCACUUCUGCAGCGACAGGUGCCGCUACAAGGUGCUCCGCAAACUCGGCUGGGGCCACUUUUCUACCGUCUGGUUGGCUCUUGAUCUGGAUGGCUCGUUUGUCGCCUUGAAGGUGGUCAAACUGGGCAAGAAUUACGCCGAGGCGGCCGCCGACGAAAUCAAGAUUUUGAAGAGCAUUGGCGCCUCGCCAAAAAUCGUCGCUUUGCUUGACUCCUUCAACAUUACUACCCCACUGGGCACCCACGUUGCUAUGGUAUUCGAGCUCAUGGGCGAAAACAUGCUCCACUUGAUCUACAAGAAAAAGGCCGAGAGGUACUCGUUCAAGAUGCUCCACAAACCGGUCCUGCCGUCUGUGGUGCCGCUCCCGAUGGUGAAGCUGAUUGCUCUUCAGCUCCUACAAUCGGUUGACCACAUGCACCGCCACGGCGUGAUCCACACGGAUAUCAAGCCAGAAAACGUCCUCAUGACCUACGAAGGCGCCAUCCCCGACUCUGUCAGGGCUGCCAAACCUACACCUGCUUUUAGAAUUCUUCCGCUGCGUCCUUUGGCCAUGUCCGUGGAGGAAAUGUGCCUGUGUCCCAUGACCGUCAAGGUUGCUGAUUUGGGUAAUGCUACAUUUAGCAGCGACCACUUUUCCGACCAUAUCCAGACCCGCCAGUACAGAGCACCCGAGGUCAUUCUUAGAUACAAGAGCUGGGGCGCUUCCGCCGAUGUGUGGCUGAUUGGUUGCUUGAUCUUCGAGCUCAUCACCGGCGACUUCCUUUUUGACCCACACGAUGGCUCCAACUUUUCCAAGGACGAGGACCACAUGGCGCAGAUAAUAGAGCUUCUUGGAGAGUUCCCACUGGCCAAGUACUUGAGCGACUGCUCCAAGGCCUCUGCGUUUUUUGACACCCCAAGAUCGUUGCACAACAUCCGCCAGCUCAAGUUCUGGAGCUUGGAGGACGUUUUUGCCGAAAAAUACAAGUUUGACCGCAACGACACCGACAUGUUGUUGGCGUCCGACUUGAUUCGCAAGUGUUUGAAAUACAACUUGCACGAGCGUUAUGACUGUGCCUCGCUCAUGAGCCAUCCAUGGUUCUCCAGCAAUCUUUGCUACGACAAGGCAGCUCUUGAGAGCUUGCCCAACAGAAAUAAUGAGAUUCCGGGCUUCACACGUGAAGAGUAA